AUGCACCUACUACAUAAGUAUUCCAAAUUUCAAGCUGAGUUAUCGUCGUACAUAGUCUUUUGGGAAGCUAGUCUUCUCCUAGUCUUGCUCUUUGAGUGCGGGGCUUGUGCCCGUCAUGAAAUGGCAUUCAUUAACUCUGGAUCGGCAAUAUGUCUAAUGUAA